AUGGUGUUACAAGCCCCAUGCGUACGAUUGUUCGCCACCCUUGGCAGUCUGGUAAUAUAUUUCGAGUACCAAGACAAAGGAUUAAUACCUUUGAAAGUACUUGAUUUCAUCACUCUCCCAUCAUUACUGGCUGGCAUCUACGCCACUCACAUUCUUGUGACAACUGUGUCCCGUCUGGAUGAGCUAAUUUCCUACCGUUACAUUGUGGUCUUUCGGAUUCUCGAUCUUUUCUUCAUGUUCUUCGGUCUACAGCAACCUAUUUUUGACAUCCUCGCUAGAUAUGGGCUUUUUGGCUGCGGAACUGUUUUACCAGCCAUAGAAACAUCAUUUUUCUGGAAGAACUUCUUUACUGUGAUGGAGUCAUUUCUCGUCACCUUGAUCUCAACCAUACUACUGCAACCAUCGAAAUCGUCCUUCUUCGAUAAGCAUCCCAGCUGCAGAUCUAUGACGUCUUCCCGGAAUAGUCACACAAACGAGACGCCUACUUAA